CUUCUGAAAAACAGUUACAUUGACACUUCAGUGCAGAAGGGGGGAGUCCCAGGCAUACCGGGAUGCUUGGAACACACUGGAGUGGUAUCCCAGCUGAUCAGGGAGGCAAGGAAAAAUAGAGGAGACUUGGCAACACUCUGGCUGGACCUCACAAAUGCCUAUGGACCCAUUCCUCACAAGCUGGUCAAAAACGCACUGACAAGACAUCAUGUGCCAGAGAAUAUCACCAACCUCAUUUUGGAUUAUUACAACAACUUCCAAUUGAGGGUAACAUCGGGAUCAUUAACAUCUGCCUGGCAACGCCUGGAAAAGGGCAUUAUAACAGGCUGCACCAUCUCAGUGCCACUCUUCUCCUUGGCUAUGAACAUGAUUGUGAAAUCAGCAGAGGUGGAGUGCAGAGGACCCUUAUCAAAAUCUGGCACUCGUCAACCCCCUAUCAGAGCCUUCAUGGAUGACCUCACAGUGACUACAACCUCUGUUCCAGGCUGUAGAUGGCUACUCCAGGGGCUAGAAAGACUCAUCUCUUGGGCGAGGAUGAGCUUCAAGCCUGUCAAAUCCAGGUCUCUGGUCCUGAAGAAAGGCAAAGUGGUUGAUCGGUUCCGCUUUACCAUAGGAGGGACACCAAUUCCAUCGGUGACGGAAAAACCUGCCAAGAGCCUGGGCAAGGUUUUCAAUAGCUCCCUAAGAGAUACAGACGCACUACAGCAAAUCAGGGCUGAUUUGACAAUAUGGCUUGCAGCAAUAGACAAGUCGGGGCUACCAGGAAAAUUUAAAACCUGGAUCUAUCAAUAUGGAGUUCUGCCAAGGAUUCUUUGGCCCCUACUUGUCUACGAGGUGCCCAUGUCCAUUGUGGAGAUGCUGGAACGCACCAUCAGCAAGUUCCUCCGGAGGUGGCUUGGGCUCCCUCGAUCCCUUAGCAGCAUUGCCCUGUAUGGCCAUUCCACCAUUCUGCAGCUUCCCAUCAGCGGCCUGUCAGAAGAGUUUAAGGUCACACGCGCCAGGGAGUUGAUGAUGUACCGGGACUCCUCUGACACAAAGGUUGCUUCCGCAGGAAUCCUGGUGAAAACCGGAAGAAAAUGGAAGGCACAGGAAGCCGUCAGCAGAGCUGAGGCACGGCUGCAGCAUAACGUCCUGGUUGGUAACACUGCAGUGGGCCGAGCAGGACUAGGCAGCUUUCCCAAACCCCGCUACGAUAAGGCGAGAGGAAGGGAGAAACGCCAAAUGGUGCAGGACGAGGUAAGAGCAGAGGUGGAAGAAGUUCGCAGGAUCAAGAUGGUGGCCAUGUACCAGCAAGGCGCCUGGACAAGGUGGGAGCACGCAGAACAGCGUAAAAUCACCUGGUCAGAGCUCUGGAGAUGCGAACCCCAGCACAUCAAGUUCCUGAUACAAUCCGUGUACAAUGUUCUUCCAAGUCCAACCAAUUUACUGCGGUGGGGCUUAUCUGACACCGCUGCAUGCCAGUUAUGCAAAAAGAGGGGCACACUGGAGCACAUCCUCAGCUGCUGUCCGAAGGCCUUGGGGGAAGGGCGGUACCGCUGGCGUCACGACCAGGUACUUAGGGCUCUGGCAGACAUAGUCAGCACGGCAAUCACCAAUUGCAAAUACCAACACACCUCCAAGCAGUCCAUCACCUUCGUCAGAGCUGGGCAGAAGUUACAACAACGGCCAAGUCCACCUGGAGGGCUUCUCAACACUGCUCAAGACUGGAAACUCCAAGCCGACCUGGGGAGACAACUCAAGUUCCCAGAAUACAUCUUGACCACUUCAUUGCGACCAGACAUGGUGUUAACAUCUGAUGCAUCAAAGCAAGUGGUCUUGGUUGAGCUUACUGUCCCUUGGGAAGACAGAUUGGAGGAGGCCCAUGAGCGUAAGAAGGCCAAAUAUGCUGAGAUAGUGGUGGAAUGCCGUAACAAAGGCUGGAAAGCUCGCUGCGAGCCAGUGGAGGUUGGGUGCCGGGGCUUUGCUGGUCAGUCAUUACCCCGCAUGUUUAAACUCCUUGGAAUAAAAGGGCAGCUGUGCAGAAGAGCCAUCAAAACCAUCAUAGAGGCUGCUGAGAAGGCCUCAAGAUGGUUAUGGAUCCGGAGUAGGGAUCCGUGGAGUAGUGGGCCACUUGGACACAAGUUGGGGACUGAUCACCUCCGGCUGGGUCGCCCGAGCGAGGGUGAUUGA